CCGGAGCUGCCGGGGACAGCUGGAACAUCUCGCUCCCUCUCCGCCUAACCCUGGCGGUGAGUCAGUGAGACACCACAUCAAACUGAGGCUGAGAGACGCACCCCCCUCCUGUAGUUCUCCCUCGCUGCUUCUCCAUCCUCUGCACCUGGAAGAGAGGAGAGAAGAGAAGCUGCUUGUUGCUGCGGGACCGAUGGAGAAGAGGCGAGGCUCCUCUCGUCAGUACGGUUCACUGGAGCGCACGGAGUGGAGCAGGGAAACCAGCAAACCAGAAGAUGAUGUGGUGUCCAUGGCGGACUCCACCAUCACCGUGGACGACAUCGAGGGGGAGCUCUGUAAGAUCGAAAGGAUCCGAGAUGUCCUGGUCAGGAGGGAGUCAGAGCUCAGAUACAUGAUGGAUGACAUUCAGCUGUGCAAGGAGAUCACUCGACUGAAGAAGGACCUGCACAAAUUAGUUUCCAUACCAGAUAACGACAAGUCCAAAGAGGACCGGCAGAAGGAGGAAGAACUUCUGCAGCAGAUACACAAGCUGGUCGAGACAAGAGAUUACCUGGUAGACGAUGUGGAGUUUGAGAGACUCAGGGAGAAAGAAGAAGAUAAAGAAAUGGCAGAUUUUUUGAACUCCAAAUUCCCAAGAAAUAUAAUGAAGACAGGUGUACCAACCAGACGGGUGCCAUCGAGGGCUCAGCAGACUUCUUCUCCCUUCACCAAGACAGGCCUCACCCUGCUGAAGGAGUGCUGUGGCUUCACGUGCUCCAUCAUGUAGACGGGGGCCAAAAUGGAGAGGCUGACGAGCCCCAAAAUGGCCACUGCACAAGAGUCAAUAUUUCCAGUUUCAGCUUUUCACUCCGAGAAAGACUCAGAAAUAAUGGACGGAGCAGUGCAGCGGUACAAUUUCCCAGAGGGAGGGGGUAGGAUGUUGCAAAGUUGAUGUGUGUUUUCAAUCCUGCGACCCCUGUUUCGCUGGAUUUCAAAUCAAAAUGUCAUUUUCAUUCUCUCUUUUCAGUCUCUCCUUCCAAUGCUGUUUUCAUUCUUACUCUUGUAAUGCAUCACUGCCCCACCAAAAUUUAUUUUAGGUUCAGAGUUUUAUAUUUAAAGACUCCACUGAGCCAUGAUAACUGUCAUCGCUCAUUAAAAAGGGGGAGAUGUUUUGCAGGAGUCAGCAGGACAGUCGAGACGCACAACUUAUAAUGAGCAUGACGCAGACAGCACUAAUUAAACAAUAAC